UCAUUCUAUUUAGUCCAGUCUGCUGCCGAGUUCCGAUGCGGUUUGCUCGGUCCUUGCCCGAUUUGUGGGCGGUACUUUUUAACUGUCAUUAAAGCUCUUCACGAGAAAACAGUUUCGAGCGGUGGGAACCGAUUCCAAAGGUUGAAACGUAACGGGGUUUUUUCUCUCUCUUGUGCCUGUGUUCCUGUUGCGCUUUCCGCCGUAUUCAGUCUUAGGAUGCCGCGACUGCUACACAGACUGUUGAGAUUUACCGUGGAAUGAGUGGUUGGGCAGUCAAAAUGCAACGCAGAGCUGCCCAUCUGGGGAGUGCUGUUGCCUCCUGUGCACACGCACCAGCCCCUUAUCCUUGCCGUAUGGAAAAAGUCAAAUUUGGAGUUCCAUUUGAUCAAAUAUGUAAACCAGACAUUCCUGGGCCCUUGCUGGUCCUAAUACUGAAGCUGAAUAAAGAGGGACCAAACAAACGGGACGUGUUUCGAGCGCCCGGACACCAAGCCAACAUGAAAAAAUUGAUUCAUUUUCUUCAAACUGGGAGAUUGGUGAACAUUGCUAAUUUCAGCGUUCACACCAUCUCUUCUGUUGUCAAAAAAUUUUUACGUAAACUGCCUGACGGUGUGUUCGGUGUUGAGGCUGAGAAGCAGCUAUUUGAUGUCCUACUGUCCUCUGGUGAAUCUCCAGAUUUGAAAUUUAAACAAGAAGAAGUCCGAAGGUAUGUCCAUUCUCCAAUUGUAUCAAUUCAGGAUCUCAUUUUCUGUUUCAAUUCCAAUAGGAUUAUAAGUGAAUUGCCCAGGUGUACGCAGCAGCUUUUAGUGUUACUUUUCGGCACCUUUCGAGCGGUUUCCCUUUCUUCGUCAUCUGCUAGCGUCGUCCCCAGCAGCGGAAUGAGUAGUGAAGCAUUGGGCGUAUCAGUUGCACCGUCUUUUUUCCACACGUGUGUAGGGGCUGGCAGACAAGCCACAAUGGAUGAUGUCAUUCGCUUCAAGGCAGCUACAAAGAUUAUGAAGUUCCUCAUCGAUCACUUCGGUACGUGUAAUCUUUUCGGAACGGAGAACUACCGAUAUUACUCACGAAUCACCGGCCGAUGUUUGAAAAUCGACGACGCCUGGAUCAUGGACUUUGGUCGACCGCCCAACGCCUUGCCCUUGCCCGGUCCCAUAUCACUAGAAGCAGAAAUGACUUGGCUUCAGUAUGCCGCUCUUACGUGGCAACCUGCCUUUAGCAUAGGUGGAGGACACACCUCAGAGGACCAUGGCAGCACUAGUGAAUCCUUAAAUAUUUAUCCAGAAGCUUGUGGCGGCGAAAACUCUGAUAUGCUGGAAUCAGCACGACUCAGCGUCAGUUUAGAAGGCGACGAGAAUUUCAGAAUGGGCGCCAAUUGUGGAGCAGAUGUCAGUUGUCCUGAAUCGCCCAUAAGUAGCAUCGGUAGCUCGAGCAGCGGAAGUCGAAGCAGUAGCAACAGCCAAUGUCGGCAUGUGGCCGCCAUCAGGUCUUCGAGGCCGCUGGAAGAGCGAAGAAGUUCUCGCUCCAACAUCAACGAUGCCACAAAAUCGCUCACCCUUCUACCUCAGGUGCACGAGAGACAGACGGCACGCAUGCGCACCCGCUCAGAGUGGUUUCUGUCCGGCUCUGUGCCGCCUCACUACCCGAACCACGAGACCAGCGAAGAGGUUCUGCUCGAAGACGGUCAUAGUUAACCCUCUCGUGGUCUACACACACACACACACUCAGCUAUGGAAUACGAAACGAAACAAAAAUCCUACCAAAGAGCGGUCCGGAUCGACAAUCGGCCGCAAACAACAAAAAAAGCACCCCUACACGCACGUACACACACACACACACUUUCAACGUAUGAAGAACAAAAGGAACACACAAAUUUACAAAAGAAAUACUUCAAAACACGGAUUGUCCCGCCAACGGAAACAAAUGUCGUUCUUCGCUUCGUCUCUUAAUUUUUUUUAUUACUCAUUCGUACUUUGAACAAACAAGGAAAAAAACACUUUUGUCGUCGAAUGUCUGAUUUUUAACACACAACAAAUCCAGAGUGAUAUUUAUUUAUCCUGCGGAUAACUGGCUUUUUAUAUAUAUACGAGUGCGACGUAUGGAUUGAUCCUGACUGACGGUUGCUUGAACAAAAAAACGUGCGUCGACCAUUUUACGUCUUAUUCGUUUCAACUGUGAAGCUCGUGAUCUUUGACUUAACUGCGCUCUACAAACUCUACUCCCUUAUUGAUGAAAUCUUCUUUUCUUCUUAAUCAACAAAAAAAAAAAAACUGACAGCAACAACAAAUGUUCAUUCCUCUGACACACCCAUCUUUCGCUCUCCCCUCCUUUUCGGUAUUAUAUAACUGUAUUAACUUCGAAACUGCCACAACAGUGUUUCAAAUAAGAAACUGCCCACUUUUGAUGUGUCUGCCUCUGGCCAGCAUAAAAAUUUUCAUUUGCAUUUAUUGUCGUUGAAAAAAAAAAGUUGUUUUUACAAAUGCUCUCCGAUGUUCUUCCCUCUUCUUCGGACGAUGGGAAAUAGAGAGAAGAGAAAUUUA